AUGCCGGAAAUAGAAACAAUGAUUGAAACGUUAAAAAAUGGACUAAAAAAAAGAUUCCAGGAUAUUCAAGAAAAUCCCCUGGCCACAAUUUUGGACCCAAGAUUUAAAAAAUUUGGCCUUCUAGAUGAAAACAAAUAUAAAAGGGAAGUAAAGCUACUAUAUAACAAGGUAGCAAAUACAAAAUUGGUAGCAGAAAACAAUUCAAAUAUUAUUGAACAACAGGAAGAAGUAGAAAACAUUGAGAUGGAGACAGUCUCUAUCAAAAAUGACCUGUUAAGCAAUUUGUGGAAUGAAUUUGACGUUGAAGUUCAACGACACUUAAAACCCACUAACACAAAAGCUUCAGCUAUUAUUGAGGUUGAUAAAUAUAUAGAAGAACCCAUUUUGGCUCGUAAAGAUACUAAAGGAAUAUUUCAAGAUCAUCUUCUUUGGUGGCAUCAAAGAAAACAUAUCUACCCAAAAUUAUACCAAAUCAUGAAAACUAGGCUAAACAUUAUGGCUACAUCUGUCCCAUGCGAGAGGAUAUUUUCAAAAGCAGGGCAGAUAGUAAGUGAAAGAAGGGAAAGGUUGAAAACUGAUAAAAUAUCCCAAGUGAUAUUUCUUAAUUACAAUCUGCGCCGGUAG